AUGUGCAAGCUACGAGAAGCAAAGUUCCUCGAGCAGCAAAUGGGACAAUUACCGGAAGCAAGAUUGAAACCAUCUCCAGCUUUCAACCACGUUAUGAGAGACCUUUUCGGACCCUACUCGGUUCGUGGAGAAGUACAGAAAAGAACAAGUGGUAAAGCGUACGGAGUAAUCUUCACAGAUCUAGUUAUGAGAGCAGUCCACAUUGAAGCUGUGUUCGGGUACGAUACCGAAUCAUUCCUAAUGGCCCUCAGCAGAUUCGUCAGCGUUCGUGGUUGGCCCGAAAUCAUAUAUAGUGAUCCCGGAUCACAACUAAUUGGUGCGGAAAGAGAACUCACGGAAACCUGGAAGAGCAUUGACCGACAAUCCCUACAUAAAAGUGGCACAGAGAAUGGAUUGACCUGGAUCUUCGGCCCCGCUGAUAGUCCUUGGUACCAAGGAGCUGUAGAAUCCCUGGUGAAGAGUGCCAAGAGAGCUAUUCAUUUCGCAAUCAAUAACCAACGUCUUUCAGUCCAAGAGUUCAUGACGGUGUGUAGCGAAGCCACGAACCUCCUCAAUGAAAGACCUAUCGGAACCCUCCCGGGCGCUGAUUCCGAAUUAAACAUCCUUACUCCCAACAGCUUGUUACUGGGCAGAGCAACGGCGAAGAAUCUUGGUGGAUGGCAGCCUAACGGUAAUAAUCCAGGAAAGCGUUAUCAUGUUGUCCAGAUCGUGACAGACGAGUUCUGGAAGAAAUGGACGGAGUUAUACGCCCCAGCCUUGGUUAUUCGUCGCAAGUGGAAUACAGCCAACCGUAACCUGCGCCCAGGAGAUGUUGUAAUAAUCGCCGACCGUAAUACCUUGCGAGGAGAUUAA